AUGCGUACACCCCGUGUGCGCGGCGGCGGCGAGUGGGGCGCUCCGCUCGGCGCCGUGAUGACCCGGAGGCGGGAUCGCGGGCGCGUGGGAGGCCCCAGAGGGAGGGGCCAUGUGGAUAUGUGUGCAUAUGGUAUACACGGGCAUGUGUAUAUGUGGCUUCUGAGUCAGAGACGUUCGGAAGGGCUUGGUGGACUGGAGUCUCAGCCGUCAUCCAUCCUGGGAAGGAGCGCGUUGCCGGCCCCGAGAGGUCAAAAUGAGCCCGGGGUCCUGGCGGGAGAUGCUGCCGUGUUAACGCGGCCCCUGCGCCUUGGCAGCCCCGCCGCUGUGCCGGAGGAGACGGCCGACAGUGGGCACCGCCCAGGGGCUGCUGAGCGGGGCGCCUCCAGGGUCUGA